GUCACAGGGUUUGUCCUCGCGUCUCCGGGUUCUUGAGUUCCUCUGUCGUGCGUGUCGGGAACGGUAGUGACGCGUAUUGCCCGGAGGAUGGCGGACGCCGGCUUGCGUCGCGUGGUUCCCAGCGACCUGUAUCCUCUCGUGCUCGGCUUUCUGCGCGAUAACCAGCUCUCGGAGGUGGCCAAUAAGUUCGCCAAGGCAACAGGCGCUACCCAACAGGAUGCCAACGCCUCUUCCCUCUUGGAAAUCUAUAGCUUCUGGCUCAACAGGUCCACCAAGGCUCCAAAGCGGAAGUUACAGGCAAAUGGACCAGUGACUAAGAAGGCUAAGAAGAAGACUUCAUCUAGUGACAGCAGUGAAGACAGUAGUGAGGAGGAAAAAGCCCAAGGGCCUCCAGCUAAGAAAGCUGCUGUACCUGCCAAGUGGGCCAGUCUGCCUCAGCAUCCUGGAAAGGCCGUUGCCAAAGCAUCAGAGAGCAGCAGCAGUGAAGAAUCCAGUGAUGAUGAUGAGGAGGAGGACAAAAAGAAAAAGCCAGUCCAGGGAGUUAAGCCUCAAGUCAAGGCAGUCAGAGCUCCUCCUAAGAAGGCCGAGAGCUCUGAUUCUGAUUCUGACUCAAGCUCAGAGGAUGAGGCACCACCAAAGAAUCAGAAGCCAAAGACAACACCUGUGGCAGCUAAAGCUCAGGUUAAAGCCCCAGCCAAACCAGGCACACCUGCUCGAGCAGCACCUAAAGUAGCCAAUGGCAAAGCAGCUGGCAGCAGCAGCAGCAGCAGCAGCAGUAGCAGCAGCAGCAGCGACGACUCUGAGGAGGAGAAAGCAGCAGCCAUCACCAAGAAGGCUGUACCUAAAAAGCAAGUGGUGGCCAAGGCCCCAGUGAAAGUAGCUGCCGCCCCUACCCAAGAGAGUUCCAGCAGUGAGGACUCCUCCAGUGAGGAGGACGAGGAGCAGGAGCAGAAAAAACCGGUGAAGAAAAAACCAGGUCCGUAUAGUUCAGUCCCCCCACCUUCUGCUCCCCCACCCAAGAAGUCCCUGGGAACGCAGGCUCCCAAGAAAGCUGCAGAGAAGAAACAGCCUGUGGAGAGCAGUGAGGACAGCAGUGAGGAGUCUGAUUCAAGCUCUGAGGAAGAAAAGAAACCGCCAGCUAAGGUAGUCAUCUCUAAAGCAGCUGCUAAACCAGCUCCAGCAAAGAAGGCAGCAGAGAGCUCUUCAGACAGCUCCGACUCUGACAGUUCUGAGGAUGAAGCACCUGCCAAGCCAGCCGGUACCACCAAGAAUCCCUCAAGUAAGCCAGCUGCCACUCCCAAGCAUCCUGCAGCUAAACCAGCCACAACUCCCAAGCAGCCCGCAGGCAGUAGCCAGAAGCCUCUGACCAGAAAGGCUGAUAGCAGCUCCAGCGAGGAGGAGAGCAGUUCUAGUGAGGAGGAGGAGGAGGAGAAAAUGAAGAAGACUGUGGCCACCCCUAAGUCCAAGGUGAUGGCCAAAGCAGCUCCACCAUUGCCUGCCAAACAGGCCUCUCAGGGUGGUGGGGAUAGCAGCUCUGAUUCAGACAGCUCUAGCAGUGAGGAAGAGGAGGAAGAGAAGACAUCUAAACCUCCAGUUAAAAAGCCACAGAAGACAACGGGAGCAGUAGCCUCUUCCAAGCCAGCCGCCACAAAGAAAGUAAAGGCCAAGAGCAGCAGCAGUUCUUCUGAUGACUCCAGUGAGGAGGACCACGAGGAGAAGGCCAAGGGCAAGGGGAGUGCUAGACCACAAGCCCCCAAAACCAAUGGCACCUCUGCACUCACUGCCCAGAAUGGAAAAGCUGACAGGGAUAGCGACGAGGAGGAGGAAGGAAAAAAGACAAAGGCAGCCAUGGCAGUUUCUAAGCCAGGUUCAGUAAAGAAGCGGAAGCAGAAUGAGGUUGCCACAGAGGCAGAAACUCCUCAAGCCAAGAAGAUAAAGCCUCAGACCCCAAACACAUUUCCAAAAAGGAAGAAAGCAGAAAAAAGGGCAUCAUCCCCAUUCCGAAGGAUCAGGGAGGAGGAAAUUAAGGUAGAUGCUCGAGUGGCAGACAACUCCUUUGACGCCAAGCGGGGUGCAGCCGGAGACUGGGGGGAAAGAGCCAAUGAGGUCCUAAAGUUCACCAAAGGCAAAUCCUUCCGGCAUGAGAAGACCAAAAAGAAGCGGGGCAGCUACCGAGGAGGCUCCAUCUCUGUCCAGGUCAAUUCAAUUAAGUUUGACAGUGAAUGACCUGGGGCUAUCA